CGUCGUCGUGAACGUGGCCGCAUUCCCGUUAAGGGCGUCCGUCUCGUCGAAGUAGCCACAGUUAAUGGUGAAGGUGGAGAUCCUUUUGCACCGGAUGGUUAUCCUUUCCAAGUAGGCUAUUGUGAAUCAACAGAUGAUCAAUCGCAGCGUACCGUUCCUCAGUAUACCCUGUAUUUGGUAGCCAACAGUGAAAAGGAACGACACGAUUGGAUACGUGCCAUAAGACAAGUUUGUGAAGACACCAACACACCCAAAUCAUAUCGUUUUCAUCCUGGUCUCUGGUCGGGCAAACGAUGGUCCUGCUGUAAGGGCAUUAGUCGAGCAACAUUUGGCUGUCAGGCGGCAACACAUUGGCGCGAAACCAACAAUAAUCCAAACAACAGCUUCCAAACCGAUGUCGAAGCCAAGCAAUUGAUGCAUUCAUUCAUUGACACAUCUUUGUCUGAAGAUAAAUACGGUACACAAUACAUACAUAUGUACGAAUUGAAGCUGUUAGAUGAAGGUGAACAUCGUGCAAAUACGAAUACUACAUUGGAAGCUGGUUCUGCACAGCAGGCAUUUGCAAUGUCUGUGGAAGAAAAGGACACAUUGCUCGAUAUUGCAGAGAAAACAAUAUAG